AUGCAAACCCCCCGGAGCUCGGCGAUCACCGUGACCGCCGAAAGCAUCAUCCCAGCCGGGCUGCGGCUGGGUCCAGUGCAAGGCAUUUUUAAAUUGGGCAAAUACAUGUCUGAUCGCAAGGAACAGAGCAACAAGAAAAAGGUGCGGUUUGUCAGAGGGGACUUGGUUGAUGAGGCGGGUGACCCUGUCCCAGAAUGGAUAGAGUUAGUCCGAGCUGCCAGACAUAACCAAGAACAGAAUCUGGAGGCGAUCACAGAGCUGCCGGGGGGACAGAUCUUUUACAGAGCAAUGAGAGACAUCCAGCCCGGGGAGGAGCUGUCAGCCUGGUAUUCCAGCUCACUGGCUCAGUGGUUUGAUAUCCCAACCACAGCUACACCGACACACGAUGAGAAAGGAGAGGAGCGUUACAUUUGUUGGUACUGCUGGAGAACAUUCAAAUAUCCUAACACUUUGAAAGCUCAUAUCCAUUUUCACUGUGCUUUGAGCAACGGCAGGGGAUUCAUCAAUAACCAUCAAUCCAGAAUCUCGGAAACUUACACCCGCUCUCCUAAAUCAGCCGACAUAGCUAGUGUAUCAACACCUCUGAGGAAUGGCCAUCAGAUCUCGUCCGGCUCUAUCGAUGGGGUUAAGCGAGCAACUUCGCCAGUCUCCACCAAAAUGCCUGUGAUCAAGAAAAGAAUGGGACUCGAGGAUGAACAGGACAGAGCAUUGGACAUGAGUGUUAACUCAGCCAGAAACCAUGGACCUCUUGCAACUAUAAGUGGGACUUCUUCAAUAGUCAAUGCUAUGGGCUUCCAUCCUGGUAUUAGAUCUGCCUUUAAACCUACCGGAUUAUCAAAGUUAAUAUCUUCUGAUCCAAGAGAAGACAGCACUAUUAAAAUAAACGGAUUGGGGUUUAAUAAACUAUUGAGCAACAUGAAAUCGCCACGUUCUUCCAGCGAGACUAUGGUCGCAAAUCACUCUUCCAAGUGUGUCCACUCCAUAGAGCCCCCGUCCCCUGUGCUACCAUGCAGCAACACAUUGAGGAGUUUCCCUUUAUUUCCUCACUUUGAAGAGACAUCUGCAUUCAAGCAUGUCGAAAGGGGCCUUCACACUAAUUUAUCUCCUAACCGUUAUACUCCAAUUCCAACAGGCGUUCAUUUUGAGAGGUUUUCCAUCCCGUCAUUUGAAGGAGUAAAACCUUACUCUGGAGAAUGCAACAUCCCCUUAAUGCCCUUAACGGUCUACAAUGGGGAACUUCUCUACAGCCCUCCCUAUUACCCCUUAAAAUUUCACUUCAGCAAUUUGAUCAAAUAUCCAGAGUCUGUAACCUAUUUUGGAGCUCCAGCACUCAACUCAGAACUUGGCUCCAUCACCAACAUUGACAGAGAAAUCGCCAUGCACACCCAACAACUGUCUAGCAUUGCUGCAGAAAAGAGCAGAGCUAGACUGGAGUCCAUACCCACCACCACCACAUCCAGUGGGAAACCCAAAAAGGGCCACCUCUGCUUGUACUGUGGAAAACUCUACUCCCGUAAAUACGGACUGAAAAUCCACAUGAGGACACAUACAGGCUACAAACCUUUAAAAUGCAAAGUCUGCCUUCGACCCUUUGGCGACCCCAGCAACUUAAACAAACAUAUCCGCUUGCAUGCGGAGGGUAACACGCCUUAUAGGUGUGAGUUCUGUGGCAAGGUGCUUGUGCGUCGUAGAGAUCUCGAGAGGCACGUUAAAUCGAGACACCCAGGGCAAACUCUGCACAAAACAGAGAAUAAAACUGAAACGUCUUUGGACGACGCUGAACAGAAGACUGACAACAGCAAUGAGAGCGACGUAGAUGUUUGUUUCACAGAUGAUCAGAGCGAUCAAGAUUCGGCGAAGAACAACGACCAGUAGAUAUAUAACAAAGGACUGACGCGAGUACAUACUAAAUUGCCAAACAAAAAGAAAAAAAAUCAAAUUCUGCUUGAAAAUGUCUAAAGAUAUCUCUGACUGUUUAUUUUGUACAUACAAUGAUAGGAAUAGUGCCUUUCGGUUACUGUUAACGCAAGGGUAUUUAUUAAAGAUCCACAAUAUCCAUAGA